AUGGUGACGGAUCAAGGCGCGAAGUUUUGGAGUGGUACUAAACGUUGUCCGCAUCCGAUAGUUUUUGACGUGGCAAAGAGUGAACAUUUCAAUUUUGUCUACUCGGCCUCAAUUCUACGUGCUCAACAAUAUAAUAUUCCACCGAUUCUGGAUGUAAAACAAGUUGGAAAAAUUGCAGCUUCAGUACAAGUAAAACCUUUUUGUGCCAAAGAAGGGAGUCAAAAUUGCGGUAACGGAAGCGAAGCCAAAGAAAUGAACGAGCGUGGCGUUGAAGAUGGUGAAGAAGCCGAACUUUCUCUGAAGAUCAAGCUUUCUAAAUUGGAGGCAGCUGUUGCGGAAAAGCUCCAAGCGAUCGAUUUUGAAAAAGAUGACGACACCAAUCACCACAUGGAAUUCAUCACGUCUUGCAGUAACCUUCGUGCUGGGAAUUAUGACAUUCAACCCUCCGAUGUUUUAAAAACGAAGCAAAUUGCUGGCCGAAUCAUCCCAGCUAUUGCAACGACUACGGCGGCCAUUGCAGGACUUGUUUGCAUCGAAUUCAUGAAGAUGGUUGAUGCUGAUGGCAAACUUUCGGCUACACCUAUGGAUCGGUUCAAGAAUGGUUUUAUCAACCUGGCUCUUCCAUUUUUCGGCUUUUCUGAACCAAUCGCCGCACCAAAGAAAAAGUAUGGAGACAAGGAGUGGACAAUUUGGGACUCUUUGACGAUUAAGGCGCCAAUGACUUUAAAGCAAAUGAUUGAUUGGGUUCAAAAUGAAGCUUCUGGUUCAAGCGUUACAAUGGUUUCUUCGGGAGUUUCCCUUAUUUAUUCGUUCUUCAUGAAUGCUGCUAAUCGCGAUAAACGACUUGGCAUGGAACUUCGUGAUGUGGUGGCUGAAGUUUCAAAGAAGGAGAUUCCAUCAUAUCAACGAUCUUUGGUUCUAGAGGUGAUGGUUGAAGACGAGAACGGAGAAGACGUUGACCUUCCAUACUUGAAAUACAUUUUC